AUGCAUUUAAGAAUUCGUUAUGUUAAUACAGGUACAGUGAAAGAGUCUGGUGAGAAACAUAAGGGAUCUGUUGAAAUUCCUAACCUGUCAGAAGAAAAUGAGGUAGAUGAUACAGAGAUAAAUGUUAGCAAAAAGAAAGGGGAAGGCGAUGUUCUAAAGGACCUCAUGAGAACUGAAGGAACCACAAUAGUCAGGGAGGCCCUGAGAGAUUACCUGAAAGCACUUAAAACAGAGUUUACCUCGGGAAUGAUUCUGCCAACAAAAGCUGCUGUUGGUCAGGAGCUGGCUGCUGAGCGAAAACCAACUGGGAACACUGUGCAAGAUUCUGUUUCACCACAGUCUUUGGAUAUAGUUGGUGUAAAAAUUCCAACCGUGAAGAUACUUAUGAGAGAAAUAUUCAACUCUCCAGCGGACGAACUUUAUAGCGUCUUCACAACUAAGGAGUUGGUGCAGAAGUUUUCUAAAUGUCCUGCUGUGAUUGAAGCUGAGAGAGGAGGCAAGCUUCAGAUGUUUGAUGGGCGCGUCAGCGGUGAAUACGCAGAACUGGUCCCGAGCCAAAGAAUUGUCCUGAAGUGGAGGUGUAGAAACUGGCCGGAUGAACAUUACGCAACGGUGGCCUUGAAUUUCAAGGAUAUGGCUGCUCAGACGGAACUGCAGUUAGAGUGCAAAGGAGUUCCGGUCUCUAACGAAGACAGUACAAGACACUGCUGGAAGCAGCAGUAUUUUGAAGAAAUCCAUCUUUUACUGCAGCAGUCCCACGACAACAUGGAAUGAUAACAGCACUCCAGUUUUGUUAGGGCAUUACUUUUUAUACUUGGUUAACAUUUGGGUUUUUUUUUUAAAAAAAGUAAUUUAUUUGUGGGAAGAAUUAAGACCCACCUCUACAAUACUGUAUAUAAUUUAAGCAUUAUUUAUGGAUUUUUAGUGAAUGAGGUGGCAAGUAAGUCCGACUGUAUAUAACCAGCAUAACUUGGGGAACUGAGCUCUGUCCUGCUUGCCUGCAGCUUCAGAGUCAUCAAGAUUCAGCUGCCAUCGUAGGUGGGUAAGCUACGCGCACCAAUAGGAAGCAUGUGCAGUUCCUUAAUGUGCAGUGUUAUCGAGUGGCAAAAUGAAAUCCCUCUAGGAGCUGGGGUGCCCACUGGAGCAGAACAGACAGGGAUUAUGAAACUGCCACUACGUUACAUCUGUCAAGAAAUGGGGGGGAUAUAGUUUACAACCUCUUUAAAUACUCCUUCAGAUCGCUUUAAGUGCAGACUGCAUUUGCUUCUGACUCUGCGGACAGUUUUAGGGAAAGAUAAUUAACAAUGUGAGGUAAUUGGGGUUGGUAGGACGGUUACCACUGUUAUGUGUGCAUGCACUGGACUCUCUCGCUUGACCUCUGUGUGGAAUUUAUUUUGGAAGAAACAAACAGUAAGAACACUUUCCUUUUGCAAUUCUGGAAACCUCCAGUUCAAUCAUUUACGGCCCUCUGCAAUUCUGUAGCUCAGAUUAACGCAAGCAACUGUUUGUUAGAGAAAUUUGACAGGAGAGCAGCUGGGAUAUCAAAGUAAACAAUUGUUUAUUUAUUAGACCACACUGAGGUUAGCAAGGACAAUUUAAUUCUCAAAUGCUUUAUAAAAAGUGUAUUAAGUAUGCAAUUUGAAACAAAUUGACUAAAAAAGGGCAGGCUGCCUUUGGAAACAUGGUUGGCUCAAUAAAAUAUGUGAUUCUACAUGCAGUUUAUUUUCUCCAUUAACUGGUGCUACCAAACUAAAUGAAUUUGUAUGGAAGUUAAAUCCUAUAUAUUUUAUUUUUACAGGACACCAACAUAUGGCAACCUUACCACACAUUAACUUAUAUCACGCAGAAGACAAAGAUGUGCUGCUCUUUUCUACAGGCGAGGUUCUCCCUGCAAAGUUGGCAGACAGUUACCCCUUUGCAGUUAGCAGGAGUAACCAACUGGACCAACUGCCAACCAUCAGUGUUAAAAAAAAGGAAGUGACUCACUUGUGUUUCCAGCAUUGCACCACUCGCUUCCAGGUGUGGGACAGCCAAAACCUCCCCAAAACUCCACAGCAGCUGCUGGACAGUCCAAGACUGCGAGGAGGAACAGCCCCAGCCAGCCCAGCGAACUGAAGGUGACACGGGUCAUCUUCAGUGUGCUGCUUGUUCCCUCUGUGAGUCUGAUGAGACGUACCAGCUUUCCAAAGGGAAACGUGAAGUACCUACCUUUUCACCCUGCUUGUAGGCCAGCCCCUGGCUGACUGCCCUUGCACUCCACAAAAGGACGUGUUUCUUUUUGCUUCACCAGCACUCCUGCACUCUUCCCAUCUUCCCUCCUUGUGCUGGCACUUAGCUGACAUUAGCACUGCAUUGCCAACCUGAAAGUUCAAUUUUUGCACGUGGUUAUUUUGGAAUUGAGGGAAAAAAAAAAAAUCAGAGAAAGUCUGCUUUACCUGUAGCAGGUAGCCUGCAGGAGAGUUCCUAGCACUGUCAGCCUGCCAUAGCAUAAAGGGGACAGUCGUCAGCUUGGAGAAGCAAACCAAUUUAUUCUUGAGUGCUGAAAUUUCUGAUAUCCCUCAGAGACCCUCCAAGAGCUUAAUAAAUCCCAGGAAUGUUAAACUAUUUGUUGUCCGGAGCGGAGUUAGGAGUUUGUGUCAUUUAGUAACAGUAUGAUGAUAAUGAUAGAGUAUCAUACAUAAAUCAUACAGUACCAUAUGUAACAAAGUGAUAAUAUCAUAAGUGUAGUUUGUUUCCUGUGAAGAGUUCCCUAUCCUAAAUUUUUCCCAACAGAAUAGAGAAAACAGCAGGAGCGGAGACACAUGUAGAGAGGUGAUGGGACAUACGCUCAAAUGUACUGGAAUUCGUGUGUUCUAAGGAGACUAAUGAGCGAAGAAGGCAUUCCGGGGAGCAUGAGCCGUACGAAAGCAGAGACAAAGCAAAGCAGAAACAGGAAAAGGUAGUUUGCGUGUGACGUAGCGCUUUCAUGAUGCAGUCAGGUAACAACCUGGUCUCUCAGAAAGCCAAAAGGGAAAAGACAGGAUUCAUAAGACUAUAGCCAAAAAACCAGUAGGAGAGGAUGGCCCUAACAGGUUGAGUCCAGGGGGUGGCUGUUGGGAACUAUGCAUAGCAGGAGGAGAAUGUUUUAUUUAAAAGCUUAAUUUUGAAGGGGUUAAAUGGGAGGUGGGACUUCUAGGGGGAAACACAGAACAAACGGGAGGCGGGCUGAGCCAUGGAAGAGAAUGGCAGCUUUAAGAGACCGAGGAAGCCAGUUAAAGAUGGGGUUCUCAAAGACAGGUAUUUAAAAAAGCAUUCUUGAAGGCAAAGAAACACAAACUAGAAAACGGAUUUGAAGCAAAGGAAGGGGAAUACCAUGGAAGAAAUCAUGACUUCCAGAACCUGUGAAAUGAGGGACACAGAGGAAGGCAAAAGAAACAGGUCCAAACAUGGAUAUAGGAGACACGCAUGUGCAGGUACUGCUUGCUUUUGCUUAAAAAACUGAGUAAGGGGGAAAAAAAUCCCAGUAAAAAUUGCAGGAGUACUCAACGUAAGGGGGAAAUUGGAAGGGAAGGGAAGAGCCGUAAGAAUAAUGAUACUUCUGGUACCCUUGGCACAACUUGCGAGGGUAGUAAUAGAAAAGCUAGUAUUAAACUCAGUCACUUUAGAACCACCCUUUAAUUAAAGCUAAUCAGUGUGGUUUUUAAUAGCUUGUCAAAUCCCAUCUAACUUUUCAAAGAGGCUGCAAGGGGAACUGCUGGCUUGACGUAGCUUGUAUGUACAACACGUGUCUUACUACAUAAAGGUACUUUGCUUGGAGAGCCACCAAACCCUGACACACCGCAUCACUGAAACGUAAGGGGAAAUGGUGACCCCUCUGUUCAGGGGAACUGUCUGCCAAAUAAAUGGACUUCUAGAGGGACUCAAACCAGCCAGCUGUGUAUUGGUGAGAACGGACCUGACAAUAAACCACAGAACUACCACGAACAGCAUGUGCAAAUGACACACCUGGGUCUGGAGGGGAAAACAGCCUAAAAAUAACAUCAAGGGCUUACUCAGUGAGCAGCUGAACACAGAAGGGCUGACAUUCACCUGGGAAGGCAGGUGUAUUGCUUACAAAAUCGCUGUUGAACAGUUUCUACUUAGUAUACGCCUCAAAAAGGGGCUGUGAAAUAGUGAGAAAAAAAACAUCACAAGAGACAGAAUCCCCCUCUUCAGUAACAGAAUUAAGGUGUGAUCUCCUCCUGUACGAGAAGCUAAAGCCAACAAAGUGCAGUAGCUGAAAGGUGAAGUCAGACAACCUAGCAAAAAUCAGAUGCACGUUUUUAUAAGAAGAAUUAAUCGAGAUGACUCACCGAAGGGUUGUAAUGGCUCCUUCAUCCCUUGCAGAUUUUUAGGUCGACAGGCGAGUGUCUUCCUGAAGACACCUUAACCCCACCGUUGGUAGCUCGCUAGAAGAGCUGGCGGAUGAAUUCCGAUUCUCAUUACAUAGACGUUUUGAGUAGAAGCUGUUGAUGACUUCUCUGAAGUUCCAGUCUAUGGAGAAGUUGAUCAGAAAGGGUAAUACAGUUAU